AUGGAUUUUCUAGGUAUACUCAAGAUCAAGGCUUUGAAUAACUCAAGUAUCAUCUUUAGUGGUAAAACUCAGAAAUCCCUUGAAUUUCUGGCUCAUUCAACAACUUCACUUCCCAUCUUUAAUCUGGAGGUUAUCAAAAUUGGUAGAGGCAAAAAUUGUGAUAUUCGUAUUGAGAACCCGUCAGUGUCGCUUCAUCAUGCUACAAUAUGGUCAAUUCAGUUCGAUCCAACUACUUCGCCCAUAGUAUACAUAAACGAUAACUCAAGAAAUGGUACAGUGUGCAAUACCGAAAACAUGUUUAAAGGUGAAACAAGAAUAUUGACCGACGGUGACCAUUUGGAAAUCAAAACCGCUGCUUUCAUUUCCUUUGAAGCUAUACCGCUAGUUUUCAUUUCUUCUCCUCACGAACAAAUAGUCACAAAGUUGAAAGAUUGGCAAAUUACAAAUACAAAAAUAGGUUCUGGUUCCUUUGGUUCAGUCUACGUUGCCAAAUUCACAAAGAGAAAAUCACCACCAUUUGCCGUAAAGAUCAUUCCUAAAAGGCAAACUGGAAAAUUCGAAUACGAUGAUAUACACUUUCGAGAGGUGCAUCUUUUAAGUAAAGCAUCUCACCCAAACAUUAUCAAAGUAUAUGAAGCUAUUGCUGAUGAAAACUCGAUAUAUAUCUUCCAAGAUCUUAUAUGCGGGGGUGACUUGUUUUCCUACCUUGUUCAUGAAAAUUAUCUCAGGGCUAUUCCAGAAAAAGAAACAAUUUUUAUUGUAUUUCAACUAAUGAAAGCACUUCAAUUUUUACAUAAAUCUUUACACAUUGUCCAUCGAGAUUUAAAAUUGGACAAUAUAUUGAUGCAACUCCCAUUACCAAAGUCUAAGAUAUUCAUAUGCGACUUUGGCAUUGCAAAGCUAAUGACACAGACACGUACAAAUACCUGUGUUGGAACGAUCGAGUACAGCGCUCCAGAAGUGUUCAAGUGUGACUUAAGGGGGAAAGCAGUAACCCCAUAUAGCUUCAAAUGUGAUGCAUGGUCCCUCGGAAUAAUUACCCAUAUACUUUUGUCGGGAAUCUCACCUUUUUACUCACAACUGAAGGAAUCCAUUUUGAGAGCUAGUAGAGAAGGUAUACUCAACUUCAAUAAAAAACAGUUUCUCAAAGUGUCAAAGCCGGCAAAGGGUUUCAUUUCCGCUUUGUUGAAAGUAAACGCAAGCGAUAGGUUGGAUAUCGAUGGCUGCUUUGAACAUGAAUGGAUUAAAAAUAAUAGACCAAAAUUGGAAAGCUUUUAUCGCGAAAAAAUAUCCCAUUAA